AGUGGCAGACAGGUCAAAACGAAGCGGAGAUUUAUAAAGUGAUUUCCUCGGUUUAUUCAUGGUGAAGGAGGCUGUUACGGUCUCCCUGGCACUUGGCACUCUUCACCGUUCUGCUUUCCGCCUGGAGUGCCACGGGGCCAACAGUGAGUGCCGGGCAGCUGACGGUGGACCUGGUAAUUACCUGUGAGAAGGUGGGCACCACCCAGCCCCUCUGACCACAGCAGCAAAGACCAGUGCCAUGUCUUGCCUGCCCAGUCCCUUGCUGUCAUGCAGACCCCCUCAUAGAAAGUGAGCGACAUAACCUCCUGACUGAGCUGGUGGUGGUCCUGCAAUGCCUAUGAGCGAUAGGACAAAUCCCUGGCCCACACCUCACACAACAGAGGAGGACGUGCUAGUUGACCUGCCGACCACUGUGCUGCUGAUCAAGUUUGUGGAGGAGGGAGACAGUGCGAUGGGCACAGUCAUGCUGCUCAACUUUCUCAAUGCUUGGAAGGUCCAGGAGCCGUCCAGCCGCCCCGGAGAGCCCAGCGACCACACCCUGCAAGACAGCCUGCUCAUCCUGGGACACACACAGCCUCACCCUUCAGGCAGGAGACUGGCGGGCUCAGCGAUGUGGAACCAGCUGUGCCACCACCACCACCACCAGAGAGCCACUCACUGCCACAUGAAGGAGGGAAAAGCAGGACACACUCAGCCAGUGAUGAGUCGUGAAUGUUUCCCUCAACAGCUGAGGCCCUGGCCUUCAGGACUCCUGCCCGGCCCACUCUGA